GAUUUCUAUUGUGUUCACUGACAUGCUUGCUGUCGGUCUGAUAUUGCAAGGCAGUGGAGUUGCCGUCGAGCGACAAGUAGAUUGAGAUGUAGAGAAAAAGUCUCCUGGCGAGUUGAUGUUGGAGUCUGAUAUUGAAGGCAGUGGAGUUGCCAUCGGACGACAAGUACAUUUUACAUUGAGACAAAAAAGGGUUUCUUUUGAGAUAUCAAGUACGUGUGGUUGUUUGGUGACAAAUCUCAACUCGUCUCAACUCUUCAUGUUGAUAACUUUCUGUAGUUAAGAAUCACUUGUACUCGACAGCUGGUAGCUACAACGUGACGGUGAAUGCCAGCAAUAGUGUUGGGUUGUCGACCGUGCAACUAGUGGUGACAGUCUACGGCGUCAUAUCAACCUUGAAUAUUAUCCCUUUUCACGCCGUUUUACCAAUCGACGUCACUUUCAUCUGCCAGCCAACAGGCCACACUCGCACCAAUACAUUAUGAAUGGAAGUUUGGAAACGACGACGCAUCGUUCACACUGACACGAAAUCGCACCAUACAUCACGUGUUCGGAUUGACUGGAAAGUUUCUCAUCUCGGUGACUGCAUACAAUCCUGUGUCGACGAAGUCAUCACAUGUUUACGUUUCAGUCUACAGUGCAGUACGAACGUUGCGUCUUGGUUUCAGUUGUUUCGCUGUCAAAGAAAGAGCCACACUUGAUGAUCUUGAUAGUCUGAUGGUUGAUAGUUUGGUUAAUGUGGUUGCACAGGUAACUGGAUAUGAUACGAGUCGAUUUGAAGCAUUUGUGGUCUACCCUCCUGCAUCAGAUCAAGUUGAAGUCGAUUUAUCUGUAGUCGCCAACAACAAGGAUGAAGAAAGUGACAUUGAAACAAUCUUGAAGUGGGUGAAAUAUGCUGUGGAUGCACACGAAAUCACUGUGGUGUUGACACCACAAAGUUCACAAAUCGAAGGAAGUUCACUGAUUGAAGCAAUUUCAUCACAAGAAGUGAUUGUAAAUCCUCGUAUUCAACCAUCAUCUGCCAAACAUGUCAAUAGUGUUGGUGGUGAAACCAUUGGCAUCAUCAUCAUUACCAUAUUGGCUGUACUCAUCAUCAUCAUAUCCAUCACGUGACCAUUUGUCUUUGUAUUGAUGGAAUAUCUCCAUUGUGUAGACGUUACUCAAGACUUGAGAACUCAUACUUUAGAUUGAAUCAAGACAGGAAUGUUCACCUUACAUUAGAUGAAGAUGACAGCGACGACGACUCUUCUCUUGCACUUGCAAGGAGCCACGAUGAUACGAAAGCAACAAACAAUGAUGAUGAUGAUGAUGAUGAAGACGAUGAUAAACUGCUGAAUGACGUGUAAAUAACUGUUACAUUUACUAGAAAUGCAAUGAGUGUGUCCAUAAGGAUUAUUGUAUGUAUCUGCUGGGUUAGCUGUUUAGAGUUAGAUCUUCUGUAUGUGCUCACUGUGUGUUGCUGUUCAAACAUGAUUAAUUAAUUAACACAAACUUAGAAAAGCAAAACUCAUAACUUAGCUGGAGUGACAUUAUAACAUAAACUGUU